CAUGACGCGCGCGGAUACCAAGGACCAAAAGUGACUCUGCUUUCCGUGUACACAUAUAGAAACUCACACCCAAACCAAAUACAUAGAUGGAUAACUAGAGGUUGUCGACGGUGUUCUUUUUUUUUGACCGUCUAGAGGGAACAAGAAAAAAGUUGCCUGCGGAGUUUCUAGGUCCGAGAAAGGGUGGCACGAACAUCGUUUGCGCGCGCACUCGAGAGAGGGUGGUGACGCUACGAGACGCGAACGUUUUUUACAAUAUGGCAUACAUACCAGACAAGUUCGAACGCUUUGAAGCUUGGCUUCGAGAGAAUGGAGCCCACUUCGAAGCGCUCGAACUCCGUGAGUAUGAUUGCUUGAAUAGCAGCAACACGAGUGCUUCCGAAGUCGAUGACGAAGAAAAGAAGGAAUCGCCUCUUACGGUGUCCCUGGAAGAAGUUUCCGAAAUGCGGGGCGUUCAUGCGCGACGAAGCAUUCCUCCACACACCACGUGUGUUAGUAUUCCUCGUCGCUGCUUGAUUACGGUUGAAAUGGGGCAGGCCACACCGAUUGGCCGAGCUAUUCUUCAGGCCGAUUUAGAUCUAGACGCUCCCAAACACAUCUUCCUCAUGAUAUAUCUUCUCUGGGAUCGCAAGACACACGGGUCCUCGUCCUUCUUCCACCCCUACUACGAAAUCUUACCACCUACGCUUCGGAACAUGCCUAUCUUCUGGUCCGCAUUCGAAUUACAGGAACUUGAGGGUUCGCAUCUUUUAUCACAGAUUGCCGAUCGGGGUCAGGCCAUCCAGGAUGAUUACGAAGCUAUUCUGGAAGUGGCGCCGUCCUUGGGAACCUUAUGUACACUCGACGAAUUCAAAUGGGCCCGCAUGUGCGUUUGCAGUCGCAACUUUGGUCUCCAAAUUGAUGGACACCGGACUUCAGCCCUCGUACCGCAUGCAGACAUGCUCAAUCAUUACCGACCAAGGGAAACGAAAUGGACCUUUGACGAAGUCACGCAGUGCUUCACCAUUACCUCGCUUCAAUCGAUACAAGCCGGUGCGCAGGUCUACGAUUCGUACGGACAAAAGUGCAACCAUCGUUUUUUAUUAAACUACGGAUUCGCCGUUGAAGACAACCGGGAAUUGGACGGCUUUUGCCCCAAUGAAGUGCCGCUGGAAUUGUACGUGGAUCCCGCCGACAUACUUUUUCAGGAUAAACUGGAGUUCUGGACGCGAGGGGAAACGAAUCAAAUAUCGGGAGCGGUCACCGCCGGUUUGAUUGCCCAAGCCGUUGGUGGGAGCAUGGGUAGAGGCGUACCGUCCCAUGCUGCGGAAUCGUACACUUCCGGGCCCGUGGUCAAACGCGUCAGGCUCGCCUCGUACCCCACUACAAUCUCUCAAGACAUGGCCGAUUUACAGGAUGAAGCGAGCUAUCCGCAAUUCUCGAACCGUCGUCACGCCAAAAUACAAGUGCGUGGUGAAAAGGAAGUUCUGCACCAUUUUCGCGUAUGGUCGGAGACGGCUCUAGAUAUGCUGACCUUCAUUGAGGACGAGCUCAAGGAACAACAGCAGGGUAAUGUUGAAGUUGAGCUGUUGCAAAACAAUCGUACCUCGGUAACGACCACGGGCCAAGGUGUCGUGAAUUUCGACGAUGUCAUUCGGGAUAUGGAACAGGACGAUGAUGUACACCAUACAAUAUUGCGUUACUGUGCCGAUGUGCUGGGAUCAUUGCGACGCGAGGAAUUCAAGCACUUGCGGUACGCACAGGAGCAUGCAUCCGGAACGAGAGGCGGAGCGAGAUCGUCCUUCAGAUCAAACAAUGGCUUGAGCGGUUUUUUUUAA